AUGAAGGUAUUUGGGUGGAUCUCGGCCGCAUUUUUCUCCUCGACUGUGUUAUCGAUAGAGACGUUGCCAUUUUCUUCUCCGCAAUCCGCAGAAGCAAACAAGAGGGCAUAUGAAGUCUUACGUAUAUUAAAGCGGGCUGACAACUGCCCGGCUGGGUAUGACCCAUGCUCCAACAUGGGUAGGUCCGACGUCUGCUGCAGACAAGGUUCUGUCUGCUCGCGCGACGCCGCCGACAAUAUUGCCUGCUGUCCGACUGGAGCGAAAUGUACAGGCUCACUUACCGGAGACUCCACCUCUGCCUCGACCAGCUUCAGAUUUCCGGGAACCGCAACUGCUUCUAUGACCACCACGGGACCCAAUGCUGCUACUAUUACUGGGUCGACGAUGCCAGGCGCUUAUCCAUUUAUCUAUGUCCCGACGACGUUCCCUAACGCCGAUGUAUGCUCCUCAUAUUACUCAUUGUGUCAAAGUGAGUAUACUGGUUGUCUCUCGAGUCUAGGAGGAGGCUAUGCAGUCACAGUGGCAGCUGAGGGUGGAGGUGUAACCCGAGCUGGCGGAGGGGCAGCUGGGGCAGUCUCUACCUGUUCCAGCUUGAGUCUGGACGCCUGUCAUGGCCUCAAUCUGGGUUACUGCGACACAUAUGCUACUGGAGCCGGAGACAUGAACAGGGCACCCCCGGGACGGACCUCUAGUUUGGAAGACCUCGUCUUUGGCAUGAUUAUUGGCGUGGCCGGUAUGUUUAUUUGA